AUGCCCGACCCACACCCACGCUACAAACUUCGAGGAAGGAAUCCCGUCGAAAAAGAUGUCUUUGGAGGCCUGGAUAAGUUCUUGAGAAAACAACGCAAGACUCCCCGGGUGAAAAAACCAGAAACAGGUGGAGAAGCAGGGAAGCCACGGAAAGGUAAACGAAAAGGUAAUCAAGAAGCCUCGCCAGGGCCAUCAACGACGAAUUGGUUUAAAGCCAAGAUCCACCUCAAAUUCAUCAGAGACGCCCAAGAAGAAUCAGCUCAACAGCCCGAGGAAGCCUCAGCAGAAGGUGCCGCCAACAAUCCUGAUAAUCAUCGCUCCACUGAGAGCGAGAAGGAUCUCAUACCUGGGGAGUCUCUCUCUGACACACAUUUCUAUUACCAGCGGACCGGAUCUCGCAGGCCCGGUCGCUCGUUUGUUGCCAAUGUUGAGGUAGAUGAAGAUGUGCCGGUGGAUAAGAUAUUUGAAUCCAAAUAUCUGCCAUCAGAUGAUGAUACUGAAUAUCAGAGGCUGGUGGAUCUAUGGCAAGAUCCUGCAGUCGAAGAUGCGCGCGAGAUCUCGGACUGGUCUGAGUUAGAAAAACUAGUAGAUCCAAAGAAAGCCAGGUUCGCUCCCUUUUUCAGGGACGUUCAUGACGACAGCUAUGGUGAUAAAACAACAAAUAUCCUAUUUGACUAUAUGGCCUCGCUUUUUGAGCACGUGCCCAGCCAAGGAGAAAUUGAAUUUCGCCAGCAUUGCUAUUUUCCGUUGGCACGCGAAGACUUGGGAACGCACCAGGGACUUUAUUUCCGACACUACAUUGGAAAAGGAACUCUCAAUAUCUCUGGUGGUCAAGCAAUUGGCGUUCCCCUCGCUAUUUGCACGGUGAGAUUAGUCCUCCUCGUGAGCCGGUACCUGGAGCUAAACAACCUGCAGUGCAAAUUAGACCUCGGACGAGGUGGCAUCUCCCAGUCUGAGAUCCCGGGACUUCUAUUCCAAGCCAACAUGGCAUUCGAGUUCGAAAGUGAUCACGAGGAAUAUCCUGCAUAUAUCAUCAGCGUGCGAGGUUGGAGAUUUCGGUUCGUGAAAGGUAUCAUGACCCAGCAGGAAGUUGCCCGUUUCCAAGACAAGAAAAAGCGAUCAGGGAGGAUCAAGGUGCAGCGGACCGGGGAGUACGAUAUCUAUGACCGCGAGGAGCGCAAGGAGUUCAUCAGAGUUAUGCUAGGCUUGUUGCGAUCAUUCAAAGAUCGACGCGAAGCAGACUUUUCUACUGAACUGCCCUGA